AAUUUUAAAAAUAAGUGGUUACCCUAUGACUCAGCAAUUUCACCCCAGGUGUAUCCAAGAACUGAAAACAGGUCCACACAAAACUUGACAUGAACACACAUGACAGCGUUACUUAAAAUAGCCAAAAAGCGGAAAGAUCUGUCAGCAAAGAAGCCGGUAAACAAAAUGCCCGGCAUCCAUACAGUGGAAUGAAUGUUCGCAGCCCUGAGGACAAACGAAGUCCCACCUCGCACUAUUACGUGGAUGAACCUGGACAACAGGAUGCUAAGUGAAAGAAACCAGACACACAACGUCACUUGUGUGACUCUGUUGACAUGAAAUGUCCAGCACAGGCAAGUCUGCAGAGGCUGAGAUGCACGAUUACCGGGGGAGCAGGGAGGGAAUGGGGAGUGACUUUUAAUGGGUACAGAGUGUCCUCUUGGGGUGUUGCAAAUAAAUGUUCUGAACCUGGUGAUGCUUGCACAACCUUGUGAAAACCCUCUGAGCUGUACACUUUAAAAGGAUAAAUUUUAUACUAUGUGAAUUACAUCUUCUUUUGAAUUAUAUAUUAAUAAAAAAAGUAGAGCCAAAGGGAGUAAAGUAAGUGGGAGGCUUGUCAGCUGUCAAAGUUCCUUCCUCUGCCUCCAGAUUCUUCAUACAAGCAUGUGGCCUCAUGGAGGGCGCAGAGAUGGCAGCAGGACCGGGGGGCUGUGGUGGGGCUGGAGCUGGACAGUGCAGAGCCUCUGCUCUGUUCCCCACUCCCUGGGUGGGGAUGGAAGGCCAGAGGGAGGCUCCAGGCACCUGGGGUGCGGGAAUCUCAGGCAUGUGGCCCUGAGCCCAUGUUUCCAGAGACUGAGUCCUCUCCAGGGCUGGGAGGCUGGGUGGGACCCCAGUUCAGACACGGGAGUCUCUGGCCGCCUGGCUGGCAUCUGAGGGUCCAGUGGCAUCCCCCUCUCUCCCGGCAAUGGGGCCUGGCACGGGCCUGCCCCACCUACAGCCCUGCCCAGCUCCCUCCUCAAGGUAGGCUGGGCCCCUGGGAGGGGUAGAGUGCAUUUACAUUUUCAGGUCUUUCCAGCCCUUGGCCAGCCUGGAAGCCUGACUAACCAGCUCCUCCAGGGUCAAGGUGUUAGGGGAGAGGGUGCGGCAGGAGGUGGCCAGAUCAGCUCGAGGCUGUGGAUGUGGAAGAAGCCCCAGCUUGGGCAGCCAUCAUGGGGCUCCCCCAGAGGCAGCCUGGCCCAUCGCUGCUUCUCCUCAUGGGGGCGAUGGUCUGGCCCUCACCCUGUAUGAACCUGGCGCUGAUCCCCUACACGCCGCAGAUAACAUCUUGGGACCUGGAAGGGAAGGUCACAGCCACCACAUUCUCCCUGGAGCAGCCACGCUGUGUCCUGGAUGGGCAUGCCAGUAUUGCCAACACUAUCUGGCUGGUGGUGGCCUUCAGCAACGCCUCCAGGGACUUCCAGAACCCACAGACACUAGCUGAGAUCCCAGCUUUCCCACGGCUGCUGACUGAUGGCCACUAUAUGACGCUGCCCCUCUCCCUGGACCAGCUGCCUUGUGAGGACCCCAUGGAUGGCAAUAGGGGCAUCCCCCUGCUGCGGGUGGGCAAUGACCCUGGCUGCCUUGCUGACCUCCGAGAGCCGCCCUACUGCAACACCCCCCUCCCCAGCCCUGGACCUUACAGGGUGAAGUUCCUCCUGAUGGACGCCAGGGGCUCACCCCAGGCCGAGACUAGGUGGUCUGACCCCAUUACUCUCCACCAAGGAAAGGCCCCGGGCUCUAUCGACACGUGGCCAGGGCGGCGAAGUGGUGACAUGAUCGUCAUCACCUCCAUCCUCUCCUGUCUGGCUGGCCUCCUGCUCCUGGCCUUCCUGGGAGCAUCCACCGUGCGCUUCUCCAGCCUGUGGUGGCCAGAGGAAGUCCCAGAGCAGCUGCGGAUUGGCUCCUUCAAGGGAAAGCGCUACAUGACCCACCACAUCCCACCCAGCGAGGCUGCCACCCUACCCGUGGGCUGUGAGCCUGGCCUGGACCCCCUCCCCAGCCUCAGCCCCUAGCCUGGCCAAACGGACUGGGGCGGGGCCAUGAGAACUUGGGGGAGUACACAAUGGCUUACUCAUUCUCGAUCCACCAACGUUUAUUAAGCACCUGCUGUAUGCCACUGCCAAUGUUAGACAAGGAGCCUCAGGAGGAACCAGUCCUGAACUUGGGGAGAUCACGCACCACUCUGGACCUGAGAUGACCACGUGUCCAGAUGUGACCUGUUACUGUUAGGGCUGUCAGACUGUCACAUACCGUCGGGCUUACGCUCCUUAGAUUCUCACCCCUUGGGCUCUCUGAGGCCCUGGAGCCCCCCCACCAUCAGGCAGUACACACUUUAGACCCCCCCUAGCGUCCGUCUGCUCGCAAGGCCGGUGGUUCCAACUUUGACCUCACGGUGGCGCCCGUGCGCCGCAGCCGGCCGGUCCCACGCAUGCGCACUCAUAUUCACAGACCCGCCUGACUCCGUUGGCUGGCAGGUUCCAGCGGUGACCUGAUGCUGAGGAGGCGUCGCCACAUUUUGGAGGUCAGGGCUCCAGACUUCAUCUCGGCCAAGCCAGAGAGAUGAGCAGUCACGCUCUCACUUGAGGGCUGUCCAAUCUACACAACCGCCACCAUUUUCUAGAUGGAGAAACUGAGGCUGGGUGACUUGACCUCCACACUCUGCUCACUGCCGCCCCACCACCACCACGCCUCUGUUGUCCCCCGGCCACUCCUAUUUUCUCCAGUGGGACCGCAGCUCCCAGCAUGCAGGUCCCCCGGCUCCUGGAUGGCACCCGGCAGCGACCCAUCUGUACCCGCCCUCUUCAGAGGCGAAUAAACGCGGUCUCGCUCCUCCAUCCCCUAGUGGUGCCUGCACUGGUUUGGGGAGAGGAGCAUCUGUACCAGA